AUGUCAAUGAACCAAUCUGAUUAUCUUAUUAAAAUGAGUUCAUCGACGAAUCUUUAUCAUUAUUUAACAAAUAAUUUUGAUAAAAAUGAUGAUGAUACAAGUGAUAACGAUUUAUCCACUGAUGCCAAUACAAUAACUAUGAUAAGUUCAACCACCAGUAGUAGUAGUGACAGUGCGAUUGUAUCCGAUGAUGCUGAUGAUAUCGAUAUAACAAAUCAGAUUCAACCAAAAUAUCGCAAUUCAUGGCCUAGAAUAUUAAAACCUACGGGAUCAAUACCUAUGACACUUUCGCCAUCGUUUAAUUUAUUAAAUUCCUACGAUCAACAAACGAUCUAUGAUAAUGAAGUUUCAAUGUCGAAAUAUAAGCAACCAUUACCAUGGACUAGUUCAACAUAUCAUCAUAAAUAUUCUGAUAAGGACUAUGUGACACUUGUUCGUGAGUUAGCUCAAUUACGUGAACAACUAACAGAAAAAGAAGAUGAAGUGACAGAACUUAAAGCUGAACGAAAUAAUACACGAUUACUGCUCGAACAUUUGGAACAACUUGUUGCUCGCCAUGAACGUUCUAUACGAACAACAGUUAUGCGCCGACAAGCACAAGGUGUUUCAUCCGAAGUUGAAGUACUUAAAGCACUCAAGUCUUUAUUUGAACAUCAUAAAGCAUUAGAUGAAAAAGUACGAGAACGCUUAAAACUUGAAAUUGAAAAAAAUAUUCAACUCAAAGAUGAACUUGAACGAACAAAAAAUGAACUUUCUGGUGUUCGUGAAACUCAACAAUCGAAAAUAAUUGAUAUUGAUCAAUUAAAAAGUAUGUCAAAUGGUACGAUUAAUCCUGACUAUUUAACUAGUAAAUUAAUUGAAAUGCAAGAAGUAAUGGAUCAUCAAUGUAAUGAAUUAAUAUCGGCACGUUCACGUAUCAACGAGUUAAUAAAUCGUAACAAAGAAUUAGAAGAACGUUCAUGUUUGUUUCAACGUGAUCUAACUCACGCCUAUGAACACAUAAAUAAAUAUCAAAGAGACCUAAAAGAAUCUCAAGCACAAAAAGAAGAUCAAGAAGAACGCAUCUCAACAUUAGAAAAACGUUAUUUAACUAUACAAAAAGAAACUGCACAUUUAAAUGAAUUGAAUAAUCGAUUAGAAAAUGAAUUAACCACAAAAGAAAAUCAGUAUCAACAUGGCGAAGAAAAAUAUCAAGCAUUACAAGAUAAAUGUGAUCUAUUAGAACAAAAAUUUCAAUAUCAAAAUGAAAUUGAUCUAUCAUUGAAACAGAAUGGUCUACCGUUAUCAGCUUAUUCAAGCAGUGAAGAUAAAUUUCAUCAACUUCAAAAUGAAUAUGAUGAUUUACACAUGGAAUUAACACGAGCUCGUCAACGCGAAAAAGUAACAGACGAACAUAACGCUCGUUUGUCGACAACAGUUGAUAAAUUACUUGCUGAAUCGAACGAACGUUUACAAGUACAAUUAAAAGAACGCAUGCAGUUGUUAGAAGAAAAAAAUCAUUUCGCCCAAGAAAAUGAAAAAUUAAGAAAACUUCUAGACGAAAUACAAAAUGAACGAACGCAAUUCUUAGAAGAAAUCGAUAAACUAAAAACUGAACUCGACCAUGCCCGACGAGAAUUACAAAAUUUAAAACAACAGAAAAAUGAAACAAUUUCAAAUUCUUCUCCGAAUCAUACGAAUACAAGUCCACAGCUUAUUCCAAUUUUAAUAGAUUCAUCCAAUCGACGAAACAAUAUAACAACAUCAAUUACCAAUGAUCAUAUUUUAAAAACACUCGAAGCCGAUUGGGAUACGAUUGACCAAGCUCAAGUAAUAAACGAUGUUCGUCUAGCAUUCGAAUCUUCUGAUGUUGAAUUAACAACUGACGAUGAAGAUAGUUUAUAUCAACAUCAACAUCCGGUGACAAUCAAUAAUGGAUCAACAAAUCUUCAUAAUGGUGAUGCCCAAACAUUGGCACUUGCUUUACAAGAACAACUUGAUGCUAUUAAUAACGAAAUUCGAAUGAUUCAAGCUGAAAAAGUCGAUGCUGAAUUACGUGCUGAAGAACUCGAAUCACGCGUCGUAGGAAAUACAAUCUAUCAUUUACAUGACGGAAACGAACACGAAAAAGAUAAUGAUCUUAUUCAGCAACAUCGUCCCCUAAUCAAUGGAAAUAAGAAUCGGUAUCAUUCACAUUCAAUUACAAAUAAUAAUUAUAAUUCACUUUCGCCAAAUGAAAAAUCUUGCAAAUAUAAUACUAUUGCUGUCGGUAUGACAACAUCAAAUAUCUAUCCAUUGAAUGGAAGUGAAUACGAUCAAACUACACAUCGACAAUCGCCACGUUCAUUUCAUCAUGAUUAUAGUACUAUAUCACGUUAUGAAAAAUGUGAAUCAAGUCCACCGAUGACUUCAGCGCGCGUAGCAACAAAUCUACGUACAGCAACACCUCAUCAUGUUUAUCAUUCAACUUCAAGUAUUCAAAAUCAGUAUAGAAUCAAUACAGCACCAUUAAAAACAAAUAUACAACAUGCCGAUGACAACACAAAAUAUCAUUUUUCAAAUUCGUCCAAUGGUCCACCAGUAUCAUUAUCAUCGUUAACUAAUCAAGAUUCUCCAAGUCCAAUAAGUUCUCAAAAUUCAACAUCUGGUGAUGAUAGCAAUAGUAUAUAUAAUCGAUCUCAACAACAACAGCAGCAGCAACAUAAAAAGAGGGGUAUUCGAAAUUCUCUUGGACGUUUAUUUACGCGUAAAACUGAUUUCAUGGAUAAUAAAUCCAUACGUGAAAAUAUUCAUUCAAUAUCUCAUAUAACUCGAGCAUCAUCUGUGCCAUCCGAUAAUGAAAUGACUGAGUCAACAACUGGUGGACUAUUUAGUUUAGGAAAAACUGAAUUCGAUCGACGGAUUAAAAAAAAACAAGAAUUACUCGAAGAUGUGAUACAAAAUAACCGGCCAUUUCCAUCCUGGGACGGUGCCACUGUCGUCGCUUGGCUUGAACUAUGGGUUAAAAUGCCAGCAUGGUAUGUAGCGGCAUGCCGAGCCAAUGUUAAAUCAGGUGCGAUUAUGGCAGAAUUAAAUGACGAAGAAAUUCAACGACAAAUUGGGAUUAGCAAUCCAUUACAUCGACUUAAAUUACGUUUGGCUAUCCAAGAAAUUAUGAAUUUAACAUCACCGGAAGGACCUCGAACAUCGGUUACAUCAUUAGCAUUCGGUGAGAUGAAUCAUGAAUGGAUUGGUAAUGAAUGGCUGCCAAGUUUGGGUUUACAACAAUAUCGUUCAUGUUUUAUGGAAUGUCUCGUUGAUGCCAGGAUGCUUGAACAUUUAAAUAAAAAGGAUUUAAGUAAACAAUUGAAAAUGGUUGAUAGUUUUCACCGAACGAGUUUUCAUUAUGGUAUUAUGGCAUUAAAACGAAUCAACUAUGAUAAAAAAGAACUUGACCGACGACGUGAAGAAUCAUUAAAUGAAAAUCGUGAUGUUAUUGUAUGGUCAAAUGAUCGAGUUAUUCAAUGGUUAACAACUAUUCAGGGAUUAAAAGAAUAUGCAAACAAUUUAGCGGAAUCCGGAGUACAUGGUGGACUGAUUGCGCUCGAUGAAACAUUCGAUCAUAAUGCAUUAGCAUUAGCUUUACAAAUACCGAGUCAACAAACAAUGACACGCCAGAUUAUCGAACGAGAAUUCCGUCUUCUAAUCGCCAAUGGUACAGAUCGAAAAAUGGAUGAAAAUGAUCGAGCAAAAUUAAAACGCCACCCGUCAUUAUUCUCACGAAAAUUAAAAUUCAAAGCAAUCAAUGGAGAUACACCACCUCAUAAUGGAACUGACCCAUCGAAUAGUCUUCAAAUUGACGAAUCAUAA